AUGUCUUUUGCCGCUCGCAACGCUCUUCGCCUUGCUCGGGCUUCUGUCCCUGCAUUGCCCAGAAACGCCGCUCGUUGCUUCUCAGCCACUCGUGUGCAGCGUGUCAACGACACCAACAUCAAGAAGAAUGUUGUCCGCGAGAAGGAGAUUCCUGUUACUGUCUACGCUGCCGGCCAGGGCACAGGGGACAAGCACACAGUCAAUGUCUCUGAGGCUGCUGCUCGUAUCCCUACCGAGACCCCUACCCCUUCACACGAAGGCGAGAUUGUACAGCCUCUCUCCCGCAAGGCUUAUGAGCAGCUCCCUUACACAAUGCGCAACAUGAGUGUUUACGGAAAGACCAUCAUCCUCACUGGUGCUGCUCGUGGUCUCGGAAACCACAUGGCUCGUGCCUGCGCCGAAGCUGGUGCCAAGAACAUUGUCCUCUUCGAUGCCAACCAGGAACUGGGUGAUGAAGCUGCCGCUGAGCUCCACGACAAGACAGGUCUCCCUGUCUCCUUCUUCAAGGUUGAUGUCCGUGACGGUGCUGCCAUCAACGCCGCUGUGGAUGAGGUUGUCGAGCAUUAUGGCGCUCCUGAUGUUCUCAUCAACUCUGCCGGUAUUGCCGACUCGAACAUCAAGGCUGAGACCUAUGACCCUGCCAUGUUCCGCCGUCUCAUCGACAUCAACCUCACCGGCUCAUUCCUCAUGUCUCAGGCUGUCGGCCGUGCCAUGAUGGCGGCUGGAAAGCCUGGCAGCAUCAUCCUAGUUGCUUCCAUGUCUGGCUCUGUUGUCAACUUCCCUCAGGAGCAGAGCUGCUACAACGCCUCAAAGGCUGGUGUUAUCCAGCUUGGUAGGUCCCUCGCCGCUGAGUGGGCCAAGUACGACAUCCGAGUCAACUGCAUCUCUCCCGGCUACAUGGACACUGCCCUCAACCGCGUGCCUGCUCUUGACGCUCAGAAGAAGAUCUGGAAGUCUUUGACUCCCCAGAACCGCCUUGGCAACGUUGACGAGCUCAACGGCCUUGCCAUCUUCCUGGCCUCGGACUCCUCCAAGUUCAUGACCGGUUCCAACUGCAUCAUCGACGGUGGCUACACAUGCCUCUAA